AUGUUUGGCUUCUGCUCAAAGACUGCCCCCAAGUCUCUGGGGCAGACGUUGUUGAUGGAGGUUUUCCAAACAGGAAACAUUAUGGAGAGCGAUUACUUUGGCCUGGAGUUUCAGAACACGCAGAUGAACUGGGUUUGGCUCGAACCGACCAAACUCAUUGUGAGACAAGUUAGAAGGCCUGCAAACACACUCUUUAGACUGUCAGUCAAAUUCUUCCCUCCAGACCCCGGUCAACUCCAGGAAGAGUACACAAGAUACUUGUUCUCCUUACAAAUGAAGAGGGAUUUGAUUGAAGGAAAGUUAAUCUGCAGUGAAAACACCGGAGCUCUGCUGGCGUCUCACCUCGUUCAAUCUGAGAUUGGAGACUACGAUGAAGUCGCCGACAGAGAAUUUCUGAAGACGAACCAUAUAUUGCCUUAUCAAGACAAAGUGGAGGACCGGAUCAUAGAGCAGCACCAGAGACACAUGGGCCAGACUCCAGCUGAAUCUGAUUUUCAAAUCCUCGAAAUCGCCCGGAAACUGGAGAUGUACGGCGUUCGCUUCCACCCUGCGGCCGACCGGGAAAACACCAAGAUCAACCUGUCUGUGGUGCACAUGGGCCUGCAGGUUUUUCAGGGCAAUACAAAAAUCAACACUUUCAAUUGGUCCAAGAUUCGCAAACUGAGCUUUAAGAGGAAACGUUUCUUGAUCAAGCUUCACCCUGAAGUCCAUGGCCCUCACCAGGACACUCUGGAGUUCAUGAUGGGCAGUCGAGACCAGUGUAAGAUCUUCUGGAAGAUCUGUGUAGAAUACCAUUCGUUUUUCCGUCUGUUUGACCAGCCCCAAGCCAAAAACAAAGCCAAACUCUUCACCAGAGGCUCCUCCUUCAGAUACAGUGGAAGAACACAGAAGCAGCUCGUGGACUUUGUUAAAGAAAACGGAGCAAAGCGGACACCCUAUCAGAGAAGGAACAGUAAAAUCCGAAUGUCCGCUCGCUCCAUAUCCACCGAUGUGCCAAAACAGAGUUUGUCAUUCAAUGACAGCCUCAGGGCCCAAGGCUCUCCCUCCUCUGUGUCCUUCCACCCAGCGCAUCUCUCAAACAUCUCCAGCCUCCUCUCCAGACCAGAGCCUCCCCCCUACAGCCUCAUCCACUCUGCAGCGUCUCCUCAGCAACAGUUCCCUCCUCAGACCACCAGAGCCCCCAGCCCGCCGAAGGAAGACUCUGUCAAAACCGCUGCCACUUCACAAUUGGCUUUUCAAGGUGCACCUACUAAUGUGUUUGUGUGUGUAGAGAGUGGAAAAAGCCUGCCGCUGCCCUCAAGAAAUGGCAAUGAGGAGGCCGAGCAGGGGGGCAGAAGGAGCACGGGGCACUCAGUGGGAGGGGGGCGGGGGAAGAGGACGGGGGUCCUGUCACCAGCCGCCUUUGAGGCCGAGCUGCUGCGGACCAAACAGAGCCCCUUGUUUUCACUGCACUCCCCUUUGCAAGUGUCCGAGGAGUUCAUAGACGAUGAUCCCACUGAGAUCUCUUUCUACGGAGGCGGGGCGGAGGCCUACUCCUUCAGCCACGAGGAGAAAGGGGAUCAGUUUGAUUUCAGCUCUGAGCUCAGUAAGAACAGGUUGUUCAGUGUGGGCCUGGACGACCUGAACGGGAAUGCACAGUCUUUCCCUGAUAGUAUUGUCGGUCACUCUGAGACCAGUUCGCUGAUUAAUAACCGCUCUGAGUGCAGUUCCUUGGACAACCUGGGGCUCAGCUCUGCAGGAGAGUCCCUGUCCAUGGGCUAUGGGGUCCCUGACUCCGCCUCUCUGCGCCUGCCUGGCUCUGAUAUCCAGUCAGAGGCCAGCUCCAUGGUGAACUUCCCGGCCUGCUCUGUGCGCUCAGAGAGCAGCAGUGCGGUGCAGUUCAAUGAGCUGGUGGAGCAGCUGGAGCAGCUGAGCUACCCGCCCACCGCCACAGAGGGCUCUGGGGACGGCUCUGACUCUGACUCAGACUGGGGCUCCGACAGCGUCCUCCCUCCAGAGCAGAACCUGUUCUACACCAAUGCUCUGAGCGGCAGCAGCGGCCUAGAGGGUUUCCUGCUGCAGUGUCACAACCUGCAGGCCCUGGCCCUGUCCGAGCCCCCCGCCCCGCCUCACAUGAACAUGUAG